UAUUGCAAUUUUGAACUCAUUCCUUUAGAUUACCACGAUGUCUUUCUUUACAAGUGUGUUUUGUCAAGGAAUCCAUGUAACUCUGUAACUCAUGUAUAUGAUCGUGAUUGCAUAAUCAUGGUUAUCUAUACUAAUUUUAAAACAUUGGCCUUCACUAGACCGGGAUAUAAAGAUUGGAUUGAUAUAAAAUGUGAUUCUCGAUGUUUUUAUGACAUUGCACUCUACAAGGGAAAAUUUUAUGCUGUAAACAAUCAUGGUAACGUUUUUGUUUGUCACAUUGAUGGUGAUAUUGUGUUCACGGAAUGUAUUACAUUCUGUUGAAUCAUCAGGAGAUCUUUUGUUGGUUUCACGCAUAAGAGUAGGUCCUCUUUAUGAUACCGAUAAUGACUUUGAAGAUGAUAAUGAGGAUGUGAACUUUCAUGAAGAUGAAUCCGAAGAAGAAGAAGAAGAUGAUGAUGAUCAAGAUCAAGACCAAUUUAGAGAACUAGGACAAGAAUGCAUGUUUGAAAUUCCAUAUGUGACAACUGGGUUCAAAAUUUUAAAAUUACAAUGUUCAGCUGAAGUGAAAAGCAAAACUGAAUAUGAGUGGGUGAAUGUUGACAGCUUGGGUGAUCAAGCAUUGUUUUUGGGUGGCAAUUCGUCAGUGUCUUUGUCUGCAUCAAGCUUCAAUGGAUGCAAAGCUAAUUGUAUCUAUUUUACCGAUGACAAUUUUGACUACUCUACAGCAUCCUUAAAUGGUUUAGCCUACGAUAUGGGUGUAUUUAGCAUGGAAGAUGGAACAAGUAAGCAGCAUUACAAAGGCAAAUACCUCUCUUCCUUUAACUUACAUAUGACAUAUGCACUGCAUAUGUUGAUUUAAAUAAUUGAAGCUAGUGAAUGUGUGUAAAAGACCUGCCUUUGUAA